AUGAGGAAAGGAGCAAAGAGGAAGGUUAGACAGAUGGAAAUAGAGGCCAGCCAGAAGCCUGCAGACACUCAGCCAUUGCGAAAGCGGGUCAAGGCAGUCGAGCCCGAGCCCGAGCCCAGCCCCAAACCUGAGUCCCCGGAGGAGCCCCGAAAACUGGAAGAGCUAUGGAAGGCUGCGUUUCCUAUUGGGACAGGUUGGGACAAAAUGGAGGCUGUGCACAACAAAUUCAAGUGGGAUUUCACCAAUCUGCAACAAGCAUUGGAAGAGGGAGGAAAGCUCCAUCAAGAGAUUAUCGGCAAGGAUAGCAACAAAGUGUAUCUAUUCGGCACAAUCGAAUGCCAUAUCCAUAGAAGCUCUGAAGAAGAAAUUACAGUCCCUGUGGUGGUGGCCAUUGUAUCACCUUCCCGGCCUGCCUAUGAACUGAGCAUCGAACCAUUUGAUAGCCAAGGAAAUGGUGAAGAAACCAGAGUUCCAAUGAAACAGUUGCACAUGGAUUGGGUUCCAUACAUUCCUCCGGACAAGAAGAGAGACGCCCAAGAAGCUGAGAGAGUGAUGAAAUCUGCUCAAGUAUUUGUGUUGGGCAGCACUCAGAGUAGGGCUGCUUUGAAACCCUUGAAGGAAGGAGGUUCCAUGAAACUUCAUCACUACAUGCCUUACUUGGAUCACAAGGAAGAAGAUCAUUGGUGCUGGGUAGAGCGCGAGAUAGAUUGA